UGUGGUUCUUAGUUGUAUAAUUAGCUCAUCGGGAUCGGGAUGUAAAAAACGGAAGCAAGUGCUCCAAGAACGAUAACUACUAUUAUCCUUAGAAACGUAAACAGUAAUGUCGACGAUGGAGAGUGCGAUAGAAGAUUUAAAGGACGACAAUGUUCCGCCCUGUUUAUACUGGUCUGUGGAGAAAGUGGCAGAGUGGAUAGAGAAAAUAGGAUUCCCUAAUUACACAUCUUGCAUCACCACAAAUCUUAUUGAUGGGAGGAAACUAAUAACCCUAGAGGCCUCACAACUACCCAAUAUUGGAAUCACAGACUUUCAACAUAUCAAGACCAUUACUAAAGCCGUCCGAGAACUUCUAUUUAUAGAAGAUCCAGACUGGAAAAGAAGCAUAUCCCUUCCUCCACGUGAAGACCUAGGAAUGUAUCUUGAGAGAAAAAGUCAUAAUGGAAAAAACCUUGAUGGGCUGACAUACAAGUCAUUUUUACUGAAUUUAAAAGACUCGAAAUGGCAACCACCACUAGCCAAUCACUGUUUAAUUCUUCCUCGCUCAUAACACGUCAUGUGAAGAUUCCACAACAGGAACGAAAUGUACCUGAGGUGUACUCAGCUCUGUAGUUCUACUGAUGUGAUCAAAAAUAUCUACUGCUGAUAAACACGUAUAUACAUGUACAAGUAUUAAGGUGCUUUUAAAACAGCAUUCUUAGAGUGUGUCCAAAAAUUUCUACACAUUUGAAACUGCAUGUAUUUGCACUUGUUUACAAGAAAUAAUAUGCAAAAAAACAUUACAGCAUGAAAAUAUUUGUCUUCACUUUUUUGGUGGAUCUUAACUCUUUUACAACAUUUAUCUUAUCGUAUCCGAAAGUUAGGUAACUUUAUUUCUUAAUGUGAUAAUAAGAGUAAACUUAAAUCUGCCUAUCAUUUCAUUAGGUGAUAUAAGCUAAGCUUACUUUGGAGCCAAUAUCAAAGGACAUUUUUAGUUUUAUACAUCCAAUUCUUGGUACACUGUACACAUAAAUGCUUGCCUCAAUUGAAUUAUAAAACAAGAAAACACAGUAUAAAAUGUGCAUUAUUUUACUAUUCUACACCACAUCAGCAUCAAAAGUUGUGCCUUCUUAAAUGUCCACUGUGUCAACAAUCACCUCAUUGUUGUAUUUACCUGAAACAAAUCAUGCCAAUAAAAUGUUAUCAU